AUGCUUACCGCCGACUGCCAGGCCAUUUUUGCUAUAUGUCUCGGGAGCAUGACAUAUGGCUACGUUCUCAGCAUCAUCUCGACUACUCUCGGCCAACCCAACUUUUAUGCCUAUUUUGGCUUGACUGCCGAUACCAUGGCCAGCAACUAUUCUUACACUGCCAGCAUUGUCGGGGCUAUCAAUGGCCUUUUGUCAGCGGGUGGGGUGUUUGGUUCAUGUUUCGUGGCAUGGAUGAGCGAGGCUCGUGGCCGCAAGCCUUCGCUUGUGGUUGCAACAGUCGUCACUCUGAUCGGGUGCAUUCUGCAAACUGCUUCAGUCCAUAUUGCCAUGUUUCUGGUGGCUAGAUUUGUCACCGGCCUGGGUGCAGGCAUGCUCAUUACACUGGUCCCUGUCUUCCAAGCCGAGAUUGCACCUCCUUCGACUCGAGGGUUCCUCGUAGCACAGAAUGGUGUUAUUAUCGUAGUUGCGUAUUCGAUUGCGGCUUGGGUUGUGCUGUUCCAAGACCGGCGUGACGAAGCCUGGGCCAUCAUCUCCAAGCUGCAUGGCGCCACUGAUAACCAACAACUCUUUGCCCGGGAGGAAUUUUACCAGAUUUCGCGACAAGCGGACGCUGACAAACUGUUGAGCUCUCACGAGAGUCUGCUUGACCUGUUCCGCAAGCCGAGCUACCGCAAAAGAAUGUUUUGUGCUUUCGUCACCAUGUUCGCUGCACAGGCUUCCGGCAAUCUUGUCCUCGACGACUACAGCGUCAUCCUAUACCAGGGUUUGGGACAGACAGGUGGCGUGCCGCUCAUAUUGGGAGCGGCAUACUGCACUAUCGCUGCAUUCCUCAACUACGUUUGUGCAGUGCUGAUCGACAGAGUCGGAAGGGUUCGGCUGAUGAUUAUCGGUCUCUCAGGCUGUGUUCUCUGUCUCGCAAUCGAAUCAGCGCUCGUUGCUGAAUAUGCCGGGACGCAGAACAAAGCCGGUCUAAGCGCAGGCGUAUUCAUGCUCUUCUUUUAUAUCUUUUUCUACGGAGGCUGCAUCGAUGCCAACACUUACGUCUACUGCGCCGAGAUCUUUCCGACACAUAUCCGAGCCAAAGGCAUGGCUUUCUCGAUCAUCGUGCUCUACUUAUGCACUAUUCCUUACCUCCAGGCCGCUCCUUACGCUUUUGCAACGAUCGGCUGGAAGUACUAUCUUGUCUUCAUCUGUUUGACGACGGUUUGUAUUCCUAUCAUCUGGAUGACUUUUCCCGAGACGAGGGGAUUCUCCUUGGAAGAGAUCAACGAGAAGUUCGGCGAUCACGUCGAGAUCCACUUGACCCACAUCACAACCAAGGAGAAAGCUGAACUGGAUAUGGUAGUUGAAUCCAAUGUCCGUGCCACCGCCAAUGCAGAAGUUGGGAUAGGUCAGCCGGCGAAGGAGUCUGCGGAUCAGGACCAUAGUCACUACGAAUAUGCAUUUACGACUCUGACCAAGAUCUAG